CACCCUGAGACUUUUAUCUUGAAAACCGCUAAGAUCUUGCGCUUCGACCCUGUUGUGUGCUUCUUCUUGCUUUGUAUUAAUAUAUAUAUAAAUGUCUUUUUUUAAAUCCCAGCUUUUGGGGUCAGACAUGUGAGAUGAGCACAGUAAAGUUAUUAGGUGUGUGGAUAAGUCGACACUUGAAGAGUCGCUGUAUUUUUGGGAACACACGAAUAAAUUAUUAUGAAGCGCCACGAUGUUUACUGCGUCCUGGGAGAGAAUUCGGUACGGUUUCGGAGAAAGAAACAGACGUUACUCCUGGGAGAAAAAGAGGUCUGAGAGCCGCGGAUAUCGCAGAAAGGCUUCGGCAUGAAAAACAGAACAAGGCACAUACAACAAAUAAGGUUCCGGUGUCUCCUGUGCAGAGGAAUGUGGCAGAACUGAAGCAGAUCACUCAGCAGCUCCAAUCUGUCCAUCCAAAUGUUUUUGCAAAAGCACUUUCUAAGAGUAUUCUGUACCAAGACCAAAACCUCAUCGCUGUAAAUAAACCAUAUGGAGUCCCAGUUUACAGUACUGGAGGCAUCAGGAACAGCAUUGCAGAGAGUCUGCCAGUCCUGGCCAAGAUUAUUGAUGGCAUGAAAGGAGGAUCUGAGCUGCACGUCUGUUACAAUCUCGAGAAAGACACCACAGGCAUUUUGUUCCUGGCCAGGACGGAGGAGACUGCAGAACGAAUACACAAUCUCAUCAGAUCGCAUCAAGCAGAGAAGAGAUACAUGGUGAUCACUGUUGGUGUCCCUGUUCCUUCUGAAGGUGUGAUUGACAUCCCCAUCAUUGAGAAGGAGGUCAUGGGGGACCAGCAUCACUUUAAGAUGGCUCUGAGUCCGCUGUACAGACCGGCGGAGGAGGGAGACGGGCUGGUCCGAGUGAGAGCUCACCGGCAAGCACACAGUGCCGUCACACGCUACAAAGUCCUGGACAGCAGCUCAGGAUGCAGCUUGGUGGAGCUCCAGCCAAUCACAGGAGUGAAACAUCAGCUGCGGGUUCACAUGGCGUUGGCUCUGGCUUGCCCUAUUCUGGGAGAUCAUAAGUACGCCCACUGGAACAAGCUGGCUCCUCAGAAGUUACCGGAAGGUGUGCUGCGGCGGCUUGGACUGGAGCAGAGCAAAACCCGACACCUUCCUCUCCACCUCCAUGUCCGACAGAUCACCCUUCCAGGGGUCAGGGGUCACGGUGACCUCACUGUGUCCUGCCCCCUUCCCAAAUUCUUCACAGCAGCUAUGAAAAAACUGCAAAUCGAGCUACCUGAGAAGCCAUAAGAGAUGAGCAGCACCUCGGAUAUGACUGUAAACACUUUAACUGGAGACCAAGGCUUACAGGAAGUCAGAACGGUGGCAUCAAAUAAAGUGAGAACAGGAUACACGUGAAAGACGCAACCACGCAGAUCAAACUGCUUAGAGCCCGAUCUACAUUGACUUGACGUUGCUACAGUUUGUGCAGCAUAAGAAUUUUUAAGAUUGUGUUAUAUCUGAUUAUUUAAUUAAACCCCAAAUAAAUUGAACUUCAGUGCUA